AUGGCGCUCGAGAUUCCUGGUGAUGGGAAUGAUGAACAGUGGCAGUUGCUGCCAGAGCUGGAAUACACGGACGCGGUCGACUCCUGGAACGUUCGUGCAAGCCCAGAGCUCGAUUCUUAUGUGCUCUGUGUGCUACAGGCAGGGCAGCCCUUCAGCGUGCUCGGCCAGCAGGAAGAUUGGCUCCAUAUCCGUACCGAAAACGGCGUCAAGGGCUGGAGCUACAAAAAGUUCGGGGACCGUCAAGUGUUGGUCCCCAUCGGUCAUGUUGGCCACGUGACUCCGAUGCUGCAGCCGGAGAUCAGCACGAAGAGCUCCGGGGACCUCUCGGAACUGAUGUCGGAGCUCGGUGAGCGCCGUCGCUCGCUCUCCGAGGCGCCCCCCGCUUCUGCGGAGCUGGUCCGCGCCGCCCAGGGCGUGCAAAAAACCAUGGCCAAGCUGGAGCUCUAUGGCAUCGAGCAGGAGAAACUUCUUGCAGCCGAGGGCCCAGAGGAGUUGGCAGCAAUCCAGAGAGCCGUGGAGGACUUGUCAGUUGAGUUGUGCCGAUCCUCCUCGUACAAGCACUCGGACUUCCAGAAUCCGGAGAAAGACAGCUGCUGGCUGUCGACCUUCUUCCAAAGCUUAUGGCAUUCCCGCGUCUUCCAUGCCCUGUUCGACAGCCUAGUGCGUCCUUUGCCAUCACAGGGUGGUGGAGCUGUUUCUGACGCUCUUCGGGAGACCUGGGAGUUGUACGAGCAAAGGGCGGCGAGCGGCCGACCAGUCCCAAUCCGAUUCCUGGUUGAUGCCUGGGGCAGUGGCUAUGGCGACUGCGCGGAGGCCUUCGCGAAACUGCAGGAGGACCCGUGCUUGAAACCCUUGGCUGAGCUCAUUGCAUCCGUACCCGUGACUUUUAGUGGCGAAGCCUUCACAGCGGUUGAACUCUGGAGAGAUGUCGUAGACAUGGGUGUCCAGGAUGCACCUUUGCUGGCACUGGAUCUGGUGCUGCCCUCGAUGUCCAGCGGCUCCAUUCUCAAUCUCGUCCUCGCCAUGGUGCCACGUGGCAAAGCACGCGGAGAGCACAUGGCGGACCUAGGAGACAGCCACAACUUGGUUGCUAUGAUCUGCUACAUCGAAGCAUUUCAGCAUUAUGUAGUUUUCUGCCGGCGGCAGUCUGAUGACAACUGCUGGCUCUUUUUCAACGACUUGCCAGGCGUUGCUCGGGGCGUUCGCAAAGAGUUCUUCGGUUGGGUGGCCAUCGCUCACGAAUGUGCGCGUUUCGAGCUGAGACCCAAGGUUCUCCUGUACGAGAGCCCGAAGAAGGCGCAGGAGAGCAUGAAGUCAGGGAGCCCGAUGCUUCGAGCUUCGAUCCAGGCUGCGGCUGCGGCCAAGCUACAUAGAACUCCGUGGGGUCUCUGGAGUCUGGGAGUUUGCAUUCUCGUGGUGGUCAUUGCCCUGCUUGUGCAGCAGCUCCGAGAGAUUCAGGGCAUCCUGCGAGACUCUGUCGUGGAUCGGCCCCGGGACGCUGCAACCAAGAUUUUGGUCAACUCUGUGGCCAUGCGCUUCAUCAACUCGGUGAUCGUUAUGAGCUUCAUUCUCCAUCCAGUGGUGGUGAGGAUCCUAGUGGUCGGCUUCGAAUGCGAGGAGCUCGACGUCCUUCGCCACAGGCAUGACCUCGGAGUAGAAUGCAAAUCCACCACCCACAUGCAGUGGCUUUGCUUAAGCACCGUGGGUCUUGUUGUCUAUGGAAUGGGCGUGCCGGUUGCACUCUUCAUAGCUCUCUUCAGAGUUCGGAAGCGCCUCUUCCAUGCGGAAGUUCGAAAGAGAUUCGGCUUCUUGUACAAUGGCUUUGAGCUGAGAUACUAUUACUUCGAAUCAGUUUACAUGUUCAGGAAGGUGAUGAUCCUUCUCUUUUUCACUGCUCCGACAAUGUACGUGCGAAUGGUUCUCAUGCUCUUCACCUCCUUUGGCUUUAUCUUGCUACACGUGUAUUCCGGCCCCUUUGACAACCGCAGCUACCUCUGCCUUGAUCGGCUCGAGGCCUUGAACCUGCUGGCGCUGACCGUGACGGUGUCUGCACGCCUCAUCUUCGACAUCCGGCAGGAGCUCUCAGGCGAAUUCUUCGAGGACUUCGUGAAUCAUUGGACCAUGGACAUCGUCCUGGUGGCGGGGCCGUUGUUGGCCCAUGCGGCCUUCAUCUGGUUUGCACUCUGGUCUCUCUUCAGGAACACGGUUCUGAAGCAUCUACUCCUCAAGGCCGACAUCUGGCCCGAGAAGAUGUCCCGCUUGCAGAAGUGCCUGCUCGGUCUGGAAAUCCACAAGCAGAAGGCGGCUUUUGAUGAAGAUGAGCGUGGCUUGUGGAUCGACACUAGCUCCCUCAGCAAGCAGGAGCGGCAUUACAUGUUCGUGGCGAUGUGUGACACGCUACAUCGGUACAUGAACAGCAGCAAACGGGUUCAUCCUGGUGAUGUCACGGCAGCUAUUCAAGAAGCCCUUAUUCGGUGCCGCAGGGCACGGCGGAAGCGGGCUGUUCGCCUGGAGCAGCUGGACAGGGAGUUUCGGGAACAACGCCAGCAUGGUCGUCGUGGAUGUCUGUCUCGGCUAAUUCGGUGGCAACGGGUUAUGAAUAUUUCCUUGUACGGUGACCGACAGACAGAGUUGCAAGAGCAGGAACCUGGCUGCAUUGAGACUUUGCUGAAGUGGGCAGUUUCAGACACUGGACGCCGUGUUCGUGGUCUCCCACAGAAGGCCUUGCACAUGGAAAUGGAGCAGACUCAUGAGUUUCUGGCGGAGGAAUUCUACGAUGCGCUGCUUCCAGUGUGGCAGGAAAUCACCGAAGGGCGUGGCCCGCAGGUUCCUCCGCAGUACGAGGACCGCGGCUUGGUGAGGUCUAUGUCACAGCUGGUGCCUCAAAGACGGGCUUCCUGUGUCCAGGCCUCAGAAGGCAGUGGCAAUCAAGACGGUGAGAAGGAGGAACCGAUCCGGUCUGUCAGCGGCAGCUUGCAUGGGAGCAGUAUGCGAUUGGAAGCACUUCUGGGGAGAACGCAGCCACUGCAGACAGACCGCUCUGAAUCCGGUGGGUUGGAAAGAUUUCUUUGCCGCGCUCGUUCAGGCUGCAGGGUCGAGCUCCCGGAUCUCCUCAGAGCCCACGACGAGCUGAUGGCAGAAAACUUGCAUCUUCGAAGGGAAAACGAGGCACUUCGUGCGCGGCCAACGUCUCCACAGCAAGUGUCCCCAGGGACUCGUUCGGGAUAUGCAAGCCCUACCAAGUCGCAUCGGACGGAGGUGUCGCCAUCCGCUCGCAUGCCGAGCCGACGUGCUUCAGAGGCAAGCUCGGAAGAGGCACAGGUGCCAGUCACCGCUGCUGUUGACGACGAAGAGGAGGAAGCGGAAAUUCCUGAGGAAGGCUCGCAGAUCAGGCGCUCGUAUUGGAGAGACCAGGCUCCUGCGAGCCCGAGUCUUCUGAAUGCAGCUGCAGCUGCUUUCGUCGCAGCAACAAGCUUAGGCCGCAGCCCGAAAGCACAAACCAGGCCAGAGGAUUCUCGGGGCAAAGAACCAUGGGUAUGUGCGAUGCCUUUGGCACCCGAAGCGCCACCCGCUGCGCGGACGGAGGAAUUCAAGGAUGUGCGGCCACCCUCACCGCAGCGCUUGGCAGUGCCAAGCGCGAAGGCAUCAGCACCUGUGCCAAGCAAGGCGCUUCUUCGCCUGCCUGUACCAUCCGCUGCAGAGCGUGCGCGGUCGAUGUGUGCCGAGGUCAGAAGCAGAAGUCCCAACUCGGCCACGUCUGGGUCACCCUGGCGCAAAGCCAUGCGUCCGACGAAGAACGCUGCAUGGCUCAAGCAGGCGGAGAAGGACUUGUCCAACAGAUCGUCCGUGUCCGGCCGGAUGGUACCUUUCGAAUUUAUGGGUGCUGCACGCCCCACGAAUCCGGCGGCCUGGCCUCAGGUCGAGUGA